UUUUCUAGAACGCAGUGGACAGGACUCGGAAAUCUUCCAAGUUCUGAUGAAUCUCUUCUCGCCUUUCAUUUGAUUUUUUUUCCUCCCACUAAAGGAAGACUAAUUCAAUUCGUUCGUCUUCGUUUUCUUUCUUCUGAGUUGAUCACGCAUUCUCGUUAUGCGCAGCAGAAGAUCUGUGUGAAAAGAAGACAGUGAAAUGAGAGAGCGUUAUCAUGUUAGAUCAUGUUCUCGGAGUAGGACGCCCAAAAGAUGCAGCGCAGAAGGGGUAACCAAUGAGUUUAUCCUUGUAGAUGAUGAUGAUGAUGUUAUCAUUAUUGAUUUCCCCGAGUCUUCGAAAUUAAAGUCUUCGGAUGCAUCAAGAAAUCAGAGCGAGCCUCCUUCGCCCAGAGUGAUUAGCAUUGAUGAUGGUGACGAUGAUGAUGAUCAUGAUCAUGAUCCAGACAAUGUGCACACACCUGGGAACAGUGCUGACGGGGUUAGUGAAAAUACAGGCAGGGAUGACCCGAAUCGACAAACAUCUACCGAAGUGGAUGAUGAUGAUUGUCAAGUCAUCCAGGAAAAAUGUUCUGCCUUCAUAUUUUCAAGAUGCAAACAGACUUUCUCUAAGAAGGCCCCUUCUAGAAACCGAUUUGGUUUAGGUUCAGAAUCUGAAGGUGGUUUGUCUGAUAGUGAUUGCUCUGAUUGUGAGGUUUUAGAAGGGUCGAGCAGCAAGGUACGGGAGCCGUGGGAGAAAGCUUUCUUGAGAAAAAGGCACAAAGCAGGCAAAGUUAGCUCUGAUUUGAGCGAGGAAGCCAGUCAUUUUGAUAUCCCCUGUGACACUAAUCCCGGUAUUGGAGUUAAAAAUAAAACUGAAAAAGAUGCUCAGCCAUCUUCCUUUUUCUCUUCAAGAAAUUCAGAAGCUGGGAAAGAAAAAUCUUCUUUAUUUCCAAAUGGUGAUGGGGAUUUCCAUGCCACUUCAUUUGGUUCUGAAAUGGACGAAGACAACUGGGCUAAUAACUGGGCUAAUUCCAGUUUCUGCAAUGAAGAGAACAGUCAGGGGCCUUCCUCACAGCCUGACGAAACACCGGUUGAUCAUGGAGGGUCUUCUUCACCACCGCCCGGAACAACUUCCUCUAAAGGAUCGAUGCAUCAAACUUGGUUCAAUGAAGUCGAAGAAGAGCCAGAGGAAGUGCAUGUUCGACAUGAAAUGUCUGCUUCACCAUUGUUCGAAAAGAAUCAGACAAAAGAGGCUGCACAUCUCUCUGGUACUAAAGAAGCCGGAGAAGAAGUUGCCACUGAGCCCUUGUCCCCUUUAGCUCAGCCUUUUCAUGGAGACAGAGAUACGAUGUCUGUGCCUGGGACCCAGGGAGAGGAAGUCAGGAUUGAGAAUGAUAUACCAUGUUUAAGUGAAACAGGGGAACCCAUCUUCCAUUCUGCUCCAUCUACAAGUGGACAAGUACAUGAUUACCUUGGUACACCUUCUGAAAUAGACAUCAUGCUUGGCAGAGAGAAGUUGAAGGAGACAGAUGAAUACAAGAGAGCUGCAGAAGAAGAAUGGGAGUCCAGGCAACGACAGUUACAGAUCCAGGCAGAAGAAGCUCAAAGACAACGAAAGAGGAUAAAGUUAGAAAGCAUGAGGCGGAUAGAGAUGGAAAGAAGGCAAAAGGAGAGAGUGGAGGAAAUGAGAGAGACCCAGAAGAAGGAUGAAGAAAGCAUGAACAUGAAAGAAAAAGUUCGAGCAGAAGUGUGCAAGUCACUUAAACGAUUGGAGAUCACGUGUUUCAAUAUGGCAUCGUUGCUGAGAGGCCUGGGGAUCCCUGUGGGAGGUCGAGGUGGUUCAUUUCCCCUCCCUCACGAGGUCCAUGUGGCGUAUAAACGAGCAUUGUUGAAAUUUCAUCCGGACAGAGCAAGAGGUGACCUCAGACAGCAAGUUGAGGCAGAAGAAAAGUUUAAGCUUAUUGCUCGAAUGAAGGACAAAUUCCAAUCCUCUUCAUUCCGAUGACACGAAGUCACAGAACCAUGCAAACU